CAAGACUACAAGCCUUUCUUCUGAGAAAACUUUUUCAAAACCAAAUCGCAAGUUUGAGUGAUGGCAUCGAAGACAUCCACCGCCAUGCACCAAACCAAGAGUCCACUGGAAGAGGAGACUCCUCCACCGACAGUGGACGUGAUCCACCACGUCGUGGAUUACUAUUUCGGGAUCCUGGAACCCAAGCAGUGGGCCUUUCUGCUCACGGGAAACCCAGACGACAAGACCAGGUACCUGCUGGCGGAGCUGGUUAUGGAGUUAAUGGACCUGAUGCCCAUUACUCCAUCGACGCUGGCAGAGGAGGAGGAGAGGAGGAGAGCAGUUAAACCCUGGGAGAACUUGUCUUCUUGUUUGGGGGCACUACCUCAAACGUUCCCCCAAACUCUGGUGGUUCCGGACGAGGUGUUUCGCGAGGUCCUGGCCUCCUUCAGGAACAUCCUGAUCCGAGCGGCGGCAGCAGCAUGUGUGACGUCCAUGCUCUUCGCCAGCACUCACCCCAAACCGUACGCGCAGUACGGCACCGCGUUCCUCAAUCUGGUCGAGAGAAUGGUCGGUCGCGCCGUUAAAAUGCUGUGCCGGGAAAAGAGGAGACUGUUGCACCAACACCAACGUCUCCACCUGAACCUCAGCGUGGUCACUUCCACACCAAGACUCCCCGAAGGAGAGCAAGAAGACGUGGAGUCCAGGAGAUCUGGAGACUGCAACAAACGUCCCUGA